CGUGUACGUUUAUGUUUCCUCCGUCAGCCAAUCAGGAAGCGCAGCGUUUUACGAAUUGUGAGACUUGGAGCUGGACCCGGAGAUCGGAGCUGAGUCUUCAGACUCCGGGGGCCGGAACCGAUGCUGGACCCGGGGCAGUGUCGUGUGUCGCACCGGGCUGAGAGUGCAGGAGAGGCGGUUGGAGCAGAUAAAUAUUUUGGAGGUUACCUUCAUUUGAGAAACGGCUGACUUGUCUACUUGUUGGAAAUGACGUCUUACAAUGAAGCUACGUCGGGGUUUGGAUGCAAGUCCUCCAUUGUUCAGAAGAACACCUGGGUGAAGGGGAAAGAAAAUGGGAUGAACCUUCCAUCGGAGAAGUCUCAGGAGCCUCCCAAAAGCAAACUGCCAGUUCUGUCAAAAACCAAGGACCCUAUAGAUUUCCAAAAGCUUCAUCAGUCUUGGCAGAACCAAUUUCAGAAGGGUAAAGCAGUAAAAAAGAAACCAUGUACUCGUCCGCAACCAUUUAACUUUGCUCCGAAGAGGGAUCGCUCUCAAGUGACUACAGAUACAGGACAGUCCAUGAACCCUCAAGAAAGUCACAGAAGAAGGGAACCAUUAUCUGAAGUCACUUUUGGUCAGAAAAAUCAAGAAUCCAAGGCUGCCGAUGUGAAAGGUGGUUCUGAAGAAUUUAAAGCCGAUCCUGUAGCCUUGGCUAGUAUCCUCUCUAACGUUGGUGUACCAAUUCCUGCUACUGGUAAAUUUAGCCUGGCUCAGAGGGUGCCCAUGAGAGUGUCAAUUGCCAAAGCGUCCAACAUCUCUAAGAACACGAUGGUCAGAAGUUCUAUGUAUGCUGUACUAAGAAGCCAGUCAGCAUCCUCCAAUUUGGACAGGAUGUCUUGUUUCUCCAAGAUGCAAGCUAAAGUAAGCAAUCAGCAACCUGUGUUUAAGCAGAAUACGCUCUUGAAAAGCCAUAUCCCUGACAGAAGCAUUAAGAAACUUGCAGCCUCUGAUGAUAAGCUUCAGUCACAGGAGAAUCCAGUAUUACAGCAGAUGAAUCAUACUGCCCAGGCACAGACCUCGAGUGUUACUACACUUCCCCUCAGGAGUCAGGAGAGAACUUCCGUGAAGUCCAAUCCAGCCACUGAAGAUGGAGAAAGCUCUGCCUUGGAGAUGGAGAAAGCGGCUAGGUGUGAUAAGUAUACAUUAGACAUGGAUUCUUCUACAGGGAAAACGGACCCCAUGAAGAAGACGGGUGCAGCUUCUGUAGAGUUUGUUGCAGAUUCACAGGCAUUAGCCAGUAUACUUUCCAACACUGGAGUGAGCAUUGGAAAUUGUGGAAAACUGAGCUUGGCACAGAGGGUCCCUGUACAGGGUAGAAAUGUUUCUGUAAAGAGCAUCACUACUUCUUCUUCUGUCCCUAUUGCAACACAACCUACAACACCAAAACCUUGCUUUGGGCGCAUGUCAACCAUUGCUGGGCCACUUAAAGAUAUAGUAUUCAGUCCCUGUCGAGUUCCUAAGACAAUGAUGACGGACAAUUCUUCUAGUGGUUCAGCUAAGAGAGUCCCUCACUUAUCCGCCUCUGCCAUGAAGUUCUCCCAGCCGCACUCUGUCAGGUCAAAACAGCUAUUUUUCCCCAAAACACCUCGCGCCUUGGCACUAGAGAUGGCAAAUAAAAAACUAGAAGACUAUCUUUCAGAUACACAGCCUUCAGCAAGAUCGACUGUAAAGUGGGCCGAUGAGCCAUCGCCUUCUGCGUCUGAGACUCUUUGUGAAAAUGAGCCCAAAAUAGAACAAGUGGCAGUGCGGUUGUUCUCAGAUGCUGAAUGUCCAGGAGAAACAGAUAAGAAAGAGAACCUAGCAGAAGAAUCUGAUCGCUUGAAAACCAAUGUACAAAAGACAAUUGGUGCAAUUCUGUCUGAGAACUCUGUGAACAAUGGAUCUGCACAUGCUGGGAUGUCACGGUGCUCCCCAACACAUACAAAUAUGGACCCUCCUGCACCUUCGUCAAACACCCAUAAUGCUGACCCUCCUGUGCCGUGUCCCAGUAUUGUACCUAGCCUGAUGACCUCUUUACCACUCUCCUUUUUAUCUCAUCCUGCUGUACAAGCUUUGCAAUCUUGCACUUUGGGUCCUUACUCUUUGCCGGAUAUUGCACGAUUAAGAAUACAAGCUGCUGUGUCAGCAAAACAAAGGUUUUGGGAAACCUGUCUCGAUGAGGAAUGUGCUUUCUAUACGUCUCGAGGGGCCGUCAGCUCUUAUAGGAGCUGCAUUGAUCCUGUAUCCAGUUACCUGGAGAGGCAAGAAGAUCUGCACUUUACACCUAUCAUUCCUGGAGAACUCUGAUAGCGUGAAACGGUCUUCCUAGAAUUUUUUUUUUUUUUUUUGCAUCCUUCUGCUUGCCUAUCGCUUCCCACAGAGCAAGCAAUGGCGGUUUGUCAUGUGCCAUACUGAAGUGUUCCUGUACAUUUGGAUUCCCAGUUUGCUGCAUAUGAUGCUGUCAGAGUCGGGGCUUGCGGUUUAUUUUUCUCCAUUUUACACUGCAGGAGCCUCUUACUUGGACUACUAGUAUUUCCUAGGAUUAAAGGGAAGCCGUGAAGGGUGACUGUUUUGUACGUACACUGGGGGUCCUAUCUCUUUGCCAGAUACCCUGUUCUGAGAUGAAUACUGCCAAGGAUGCAUUUUGUUUUUCCAUUAUAAUUUAAUGUUUUUUUCCAGGACCUCUAAAGCUAUGUAUUAAUUUCUUUUUAUUUUGUAUAAUGUAAAAGUAAAUAAAACACUA